UGAAGUGAAGAUGGUCAGAUCAAGUCGCAAGUCGCGGUGGGUGUAGUGGCGGCGCGAGUAUGUGCUACCUCGUGUGCGGUACAUGCUUUGGUCAGGGGUUUGGUGCCCACCCUCAAUCCGGCUUUGUUUUGCGUCAUUCAGCUUGCGGGCGUGGCGGGCCAGCGCUUCGCAAUGUGAAUGGCGAACGCCGUGGACAGCCCCGCCCUCGCCAUAUCUUCAUCGAGCACUACCGCAGGCGAAUGACGUUGAUCAGGCGUCAGCGUUACGCGUGCGCGUCUUUUUGAGCCGGCAUAUGAAGCAUGGAUCUGGCGUUUUUGACGGUGCGCAGGCUAUCAGAUGCGCUCGACCGGCCGGUGCGGCCGCCGCCGAGCUCUGUAUAUAGCUUCCCCCCCUGCGCCUUUUUGGCGUGUGCAGCUAGCUAGCUGGGCGCCGACGCCGUGAGUGGGUGAGAUUGGAUUCGUGAUUGCAUAUGCCCCUACACCUGUCAAUCGUCGCCUCAUGACUUUUUCCUCCACUCGUGA